CAAUAAAUUGGAGUAAGACAAGUAUAUUUUUUCUCAUUCUAGCUUACUGCACUAGUUCACCAGUGCAGGAACAGAAAACAAGCCCAUUAACUCCUUCCUUAUGCAUAUUAUUUCAAUUUGAUUCCCCAAAGUCGUAUAUAUGAUUGUUAGGAUGCACUGUCAAACGAUUGUCAGAGACAUUGCGUUGCAUUGCUAAUUCUCUCGAAAGCAAGUGGAGCAUGAGACGAAAUUUACGAAAGCACGAUAUAUAAGUUUGCAGGAAUCGCAUACAAUACGAGGGUAUCAAGCACUUUUAUUUCAGUCGGGGAAACUGGGCUAAAUGAUUGUUCUGCGCAACAGAUAAUACGAGAUAGCCGGUCGUGACCGUCCCCCACGUCGUCCGAUACAGCCACGUUCAGAGCUUGUCUUGACAGUGGGAUGCAAAGUUCCGAAAGGCCUGAUUUGCCGAAGCAGUUUGAUAACAAGAGCCAAGCGGUUCUCGGUUUUCGAAUGGCAAAUAAAAACUUGCGCAACUAAAAAUAUAAUUUUAAUAUUAUCCGAUAUAUUAUGCGAUAGAAGUUUUGUAAAUUAAAUUGCCAAUAACUCUGCCUUCAAAUACUGCACUCUGUGCAAAAAACAAGAAUGAAAUCACUCGACGUGUUCAACGAAUUGCAGGAUUGUCAAAACGAUAUACUGAUCUUUCGAAAAUUGAUAAGUACGCCUUUGCACCAUUCUACGGACGAAAGUAUGAAAGAAUGGAAGACUAUUCUAGCGCACAUUAUAGAGAUAAUGAGUAACAAUUCCGAAUUGGGGAAUGAGCGUAUCCUUUUAGCAUGCCACGCGUUUUACGUUUUGCUCCCCACGCAAUGCGACUCGCGCUCUUUCAAAGACAUCGUAAUUGGUUUCCAAAGACUGGACUCGCGCAACUUGUCUUUCCUUGAGAAGCAAUACGUCGUUUCCGAUCUUGAGCUGUUCAAGUUACUCAACGCCUAUGGAUAUCUGCAGGCGAAUCGGAGAGAUGUUCUCGAGAAUACGACGUGCUCCGAAUACGACGCUCUCUUAAUCACGUUUAACGUAAUAUAUAGAAAUUGUAUGAAAUAUACAAGAUACUCUUACUUUGCGUACAAAGUAUUGUCUGCGUGGUUGAAGAGAUUGAAGAAUACAUCCGACGCGCGCUUCUGGGACCAAAACGAUUGUAUUUUAGAACGCAAGCUGGAAGCUAUCAUAUUCUCCAAUUGGUCCAACGCGCUCAAUAAUUUAUGCAAGCAGAACGCAGAAAUUUUUAACACGUAUCUCCGGAUAAUGUUGCAAAAAUAUAAGGAAACAUUUGUAGAUUAUAUAUAUCGUAUGUGUCUUGAAGACAUGUCGUGGCAAAACGAAACAAAAUACGUUAUUCUGACGGAAAUUUGUCAAGUAUGGAACAUGGGAAUCCACGCUAUGAGCUGUUUCUCCUUUGACUUAUGCAUUAGCUUAACGAGAAAUUCUUUGCGUUGUGCCGGUACGAAGCUUUAUUUGGUGAUUUUGAGGAGACUAAGCGAGGCUGAAUGGAAGAAAGUGUUCGGGGAAGUUAUGGAAUACCUAAUUGGUCGCUGGGAAUCGGGAGAGCACGAGGAUCACAACGCUCUUCAGUCCUUGUUUAAAUACUGGCUCGAACCGACCAUUGAAAUGUAUAGCAAUAUCCUACCGUUUUUAUGGGAAUUGUGCGGUGACUCGCAAGGAUACUUCUUUCGUUCUCACCUGCAAAGAAUGGCCGCAAAAUUACACGUAGAGCUGCCACAGACGUACGAAAUCGAUCAGCAUUUAAAUGACAAAGAGGAAAUUAUACGAUUGAAUACUUUCGCUGUGCUCUGUUAUCGUGCCGUAGAGCUGAUCGACGUUAACAAAGCGGACCCAUUUCUUCAGAUAAAACAAUUUCUGUGGUUUAACGCCAAUACCGCAACGAUUCUUAUGAGAGAAGGGAUAAUAAAAUAUUUCAAGAUAUUGUGCUCCAAUAUCUUGAAAGUGAUUAGUUUGAAAACUCAUUGUGCGCGAUCAAUCUUCGAGUUGAUGGAGUGGCUACACGAAUACUUUUUCGAUUGUUUCGAAAUUGGCUCGUGUUAUCAACGCAAAAUCCUUGCUUUAAACUUAUACGGGACCUUACUCUCUUACACAAAUAAGAGCUAUAAAGAAUGCGUUCAACAGAUCGACAAAUACAUCACUGAUCGUUGGAGAUUUACUAAUAAAGAGUCUUUGUUUCUGUUAUUGAGACUCGUGCUAGAUUCUGCUCUUGAUGUUAGACAACUAGCUGCCACCCUCAUUCUACAAUAUUUUGAAAAGGAUGCUUUGUCGAUUAUGGAAAAACGCAUACUCUACAAUUGUGCGUGGGAGCAUUGCAAUUCUUCCAAAUUUUACAAAAUUGAGAGUGGAGCAACUCUGAUAAAAAUAAUGGCACGCUGGUUGCCCCUGAAGGAGGUCUCUAAGGACACAGCUGCAAUAUUUUCCGACAAUGAAUAUAAUAAUAUCCUCACUUACUCGAGUUACUCAGAAUUUCUAUUAGACGAAGCUAAGUGCCAAUUAACACAGAUGAAAACUGACAUUUUAAAAGCUAUUGUUCAGAAUAGACCUUUUUAUGGCGCGUUGACUGCUUUACUGGCAGUUGCUUUUCGCGAUGGCCCAGAGAAUUGGAUUUUAGCACCGCAAUUUACGGAGGAGAUACUGAAUCUUUUGAAGGACGCCGUCGAUUUCUUCUUAUCUGCGUUCUCUACGAAAGCAUCUAAUACAGUUUAUUCGUCCUCGUUUGCGGAGAUGGGAUUGGCUAUCGAUGAAAAGAUUAAGACCAGCGAAAUAGAGGAUUUUGAUUACGACGAAUUGCAAUUAUCGUCGGCACAUCAAGUACUCAUCUCGUGUAUUUGGAUGUCCUUAAAGAUAUCAUGCGAGAUCGCCAGCGAAAUUGGGAUAUCAAUGCAGUCAAGUACACAAGUCAAAUGUUCCAUGGAUAUUAUCGUUACGGUAUUAUUGAAAUGUCGGCAUAAAGGCGUAGUGGAGUGCGCCGGCGUAGCGAUCGCGAAUUUAUCCAGGUGUUUGUAUAACAAAAAGGAGUACUCCGAGUUACCGAAAACAUAUCUGAUGUGUUUGUUAGAGGAGGAUACGGGAAAAUCGUUGCACUUGACACGACGAGGCGCUGGAUUGUCAAUCAUGUUUCAUAGAUUAGUCGUGAGCGACAAUCGGAGGGAUCGGCCUACAGUGCAUCUUGCAGUACAGACGUUAUUGCGCUUGUUGGAAAACUCGGUGGCGGCUGCUACAAGUGUGGAAGCCGGAGCAGACUCACCAUGGGCGAAACGCCUGCACUUUCUGCGUGCGUUAGUAGCCGACAAGGAGAUACACGCGCAAUUAGUUCCGUACAUGGAGGACAUUUGUUUAAUUUGUUUCGAGUACAUGGAAUCCGACAUUUGGAUCGUGAGGAAUGCGAGUUUGCAGUUGUACGGCGCGAUAGUGCCGAGAUUGGUGGGUCAGUGUGCCAGGAAAGUCGAUGGAGAGUUCGAUCUCGGCGACGGUUACUCCAUCAAUCACUUCGUCACGCAUUAUCCGACGUUGACGAGUCGCAUGUGGACACAACUCCGAGACGUCUCGAGGAUACGCGGGACUUUGAAUGCGGCGUUACGUUCCUACUCUAGCAUCGUGCACACGCUCGUAGUGCUGUCGAAAUUAUCGACGAGCGGUUGCGAUCUCGUCGAUUAUCCUGCCAGGACAUUCACGGCGAAGGUCAAAAGUCUGUUGCUCGUUUUCCUCGGUAAUCCGAUGAUACACGUCAGACAAUUGGCUGCGAAAGCGUACACGGCUCUCACGCCUUUCAACGGCAUCGACUCGACGAUGGAUGCGAUCAGGAAGAAAAUUCUUUCAAGCCGUGACGUUAACAUGUUGCACGGUUGCUUAUUAACUUGUGGAUAUCUAAGGGAAAAGUACGUUCACGAUACUCGCAAUAUACAUCCUUCUAACGAGGCGACGGAAGACUACGGCAAGGUCCGUUGGACCGAUCAUUUUGGAGAAAGUCGAUACUUGGGCGUAUUAGAAGCGUGGAAUAAUAUGGACCGGUAUAAAAAAGCUGCUCAACCGUGCUACGUCUUGGAAACAUUGUUUCUACGGGAAUCACACUCUUGUUUCACAGAUACAUUACCUUUCCAAUAUAAUUUGCCAGUAACUGAAUGCGUAGUGUCGUCGCAGAAAAGUCAACCGGGAUUUUUUCAGUUCGUUGGAUAUUGGGGACAGCUACACGCGGUACAUCUUAAAUCGUCGAUCGUAAGUAAAUUGAAACUUGGUGAUUUCGAGCGAGAAACGAUUCGCAAUAUUCUCAACUCAACUUGUACCGAGCAAGGUAUCGAAUUUUUAAAAAGUCUGUCGUAUUGCGUCCCCUUACUAGAAUUUAUUCUCAAGUAUUUGACGUCGAUGAGGAACAAUUGUCACCAGUUACUCCUCGAUGAAAUAGUAACGUUUAUACUGAGAACUAUAAGACACACUCGCACACAUUUAGAGACUAACGAACUAGAAUUUGACGAGAUAAUAGAGGAAUUGAACGAUGAGGCAAAAAUGGUUGUCACGAAAACGAAAAUGAUAAAUCGCGUGAAAAAUUCCUUGAUAUUGGCAUUUUCUAAGCGCGAGACGCUAAUAAAUCAAGUACUGUCGUACGUUUCCGAUAUAUGUAUAGAUGAGAAGCAGUCUGUGCGAUUGACGGCGGCGGAAUACGUCGAACUCGCCCUGCAUCGUUUCACACAACUGGAGCACGGUAACAGAUUAACGCUUAUGCGAUGCUGUUUGAUUCUGCUGAAGGAUGAGAUCGCCGAGAUACGCGAAAUCGUGUCGACGUCAUUGCAAACGUCGCACGUGUUCCGCGAUUACGAUGAUUUUCGCCCGCAUCGAUUGCAAUGCGAAGAAAGGAUAUAUCAAUGGUUUUUGUCACAAGUUACUUGUCGUCAUAUCGCUGACGACAACGUGGACUUUAUACGAUAUUUCACACAUGCUGUCCGAGACGGCGAUUCUAAUAUGAUGAUCGAGAAUCCCUUCCAUCACAACGACAGCAUUUUCCACAAAGAGGAAUCGAAAUUUUUAAACAUGUGCUUUCUUCACGAUCCUUCGGGCGAUAGUCACAAAGAUCCUUUGGACAUUAUACAUGCGAUUCAAAUGAGGUACUUGAAAACAUUGCAGGAAAAAACUGGCUUCAAUUACGACGAUCUGCGAGUGAUCUUGUAUUUAAAGGAGAUUGAUUAUAUAGCGCGAAAGCGAGAUGUCAUUAUACAGCAGUGGAAAUAGUACAGUUCUUAUCUACUAUGCGCUUUCCCCGGUUUCAAAUUGUAAAAUACCAACUAACCUGGAGAGGCGGGAGGGGAUUAAAACUUUUGAAAUAACGAAGUUUCUUCUAUGUUAAGCUCUCUCUAUAUUAGAUGGUCUACGAGUGGUAUAUGUUUCAUUUUCUUAAAUUGAUAAAAGAGUCAUUGUGGUCAGCACUGACUUUUCAUAUAUGUCAAACUUCCAUUCUUGUCUUGCAUACAGAUAAUAUACAUAUAAUUGGCAAGUGUAGUUAUUGCGGGUCAAAAUAUAAUUACGUUAAUCGACAGGUAGAUAAAUUUAAUAUAGAAUAAUGGACAAACCAAUUAUGUGAUAAAGAGAUUACAGAAUAUGUUCUGUCUUACGUCUAUCGACGAUUGCAAUGUAAGAUUAUUCCUUGAAAGAGGAUGUGAGAAAUAAUUAGUUUUAUUCGUACAAUGCGCAAGAUAUAUUUAAUUCUGUAUAAUUACAUGUGUACAACUUAGCCAAAUGUGCGACACACAUAUUCCAAGGAAUAUGUAUAAACAUAGAUUUCACUCUUUAUACAUAUACACAAUAUACUAUGAACUCUUUUUUUAUGUUCCAUUUCUUUCUUGAUCGCCACGGUCGCUAUAUACAUCGUAGCAGCUAAUACAUAAUGACAAUUUUAAUUUGUAAAUAUCCGCAUUGCAAGAGAGCAAAGAUUUUUAUAUCGAUACACUCAAAUGAUUGCAGAUAUAUUAGAUACAGCAGCAAAUUGAUGAAAUUCUCAUUUCUUACACAAGACAAACGAUUCUUAAACCUAGAGUAGUCUGCAUACGCAUCUUGUAACAAAAAAUUAGCGUAAUACCGUCAAUGUAGCCUUAUCGUUGCAUUGACACACUCAAGUCGCAUUUCUUCCGGCGAAUUUUCGACGAGUUUUAUUAAAAAUAUUACACCUAAAAGUAACAUCUAACGUUAAAUCUAACGUGAAAAUAAAUAAAACGCAAUAUGUGUAUGUUAAUGUUCUGUAAAACAAUCACGCAAAAGUGCGGAUCAAUCUAAUUUUGGCAAAAGAUUUUUGAUGACAGAGAUCUUUGCAAUUCGGUUUCGCGAAAAUGAUGCGUUUUACAGCGAUAAUGCGCGCCCUCGCAUACUGAGCAAUGAUCUAACUAUAGAAUUUUUUUUAAUGUCAUAAUUUUUACUCGCUAUUACACAAAUGGUGUUCCAUUUUUAUAUUAUCGUCUUAAUCUAUUGGCAAGAUUUUUGUCGCGUUUGCGUGAUAUGUCACUAUUGGUGAACGCAAUUUUCAUUCUUGAUGUUCCCCUGUACUUAUGUCGAGGGGAGACUCGACUCACUUCUGUUUGGAAAAUACGAAUCCUGCUUGUGAGUACAUAAACAACUCACGACUGGUCUGUCAAAGCACGCAUGAGCGAUCGUUCAUUCUUAUACACACACACACACUUACGUAUAUUCACACAUGCGCGUGUGUCAAUUUGCCGAUAUAUAAUUUGAAUAAUAUUGUAACUUUUAGCUAUAUACGGAUACUUAUUUAAUAGUCUUCUUACUACUGCUAUCAAUAUAUUAAAGCUAGAUUUUAUAUGGAUCACUGUCUACCUAUAACAUUGUUCAAUUUAGACUUUUUUUUACACAUUAUGUAAUUUAACUACUUAAAUUAUUAGCUACAAUAGUUUAUCGUCGAAAAAUAUGUAUAAUAAAAAUAAUGUCAACUUACGAUUUCUCUUGAAUAUGUGAAUGUUACUGAAUUGGAUCGUUCGUCGCAAUCAGUUGUUAAAUUACACACAAGUUUGGGAUUUCGAUACGGUAGAAUCGGAUGUAUGUUUAUAUCAGUGUUACAUUGCUUCGUUCUUUUUCUCUCUACGUUGCUAAAUUAUGCAAACAUUUUAUGUACAGAGGUGAAGCCUCGUACAAAAAAAGGGGAAGAAAAGAUACGGGCGUUAGAGAAACAGGUAGAGCAAAAUGGUAGAUUGACUAUACGAAGAGAUGAAAAAGAAUUGCAGAUAAAAGUUGAUGAGCUGCACAGUAAUUAUUCAAAGAUAGAAAAGAUGGAAAAAGUUCUUAAAGAAAACAAAGUAGCAGAGAUAAGAGAUGAAAUAGAUGCUAUUCGACACCAGAUAACACAGGUAAUACUAUUUUAUUAGCAACUUUUAAUUUAUUCCCCGCUGCGCCAAUCUAGAUUAAAAAAAUUGAUGUAAUUAUUUUUAUGAAAACUAAACUUUUCUAUUAGAAGUCUAUUGAAAAAAAAAAACUUUAAACGAUGAAGCGAAGAAUUGACAAACUUGGCAACGUAUUGAAUGUUGAUUCUGUGAAAGCUGAUAUUGUGGAUAAAAUGAAAUCCAGAAACAAGAUUGAAUCAAGUUUAAAUAAAAUCGGCGAUGAAAUUUCUUCCUUGCAUAAAUUAAGUAACAAAAUGUUGAUAAAAUAUACAAAAUUUACACCAAAAUGUUAUUAUUGUUCAUAGCAAAGUCCAGUCUAACUGCAAUGGGCAGCUUCUCUAAUUGAUUAUAAAAUGUUAAUAUCAUUUAAAUCCAAUGGUGUAAUAACAUUUAUAUUUCAAAAGAGAUGAUAUCAAAUUGUAUCAACACAGAGAAAAAGCAAAAUAUAUAUAAACGAAUUUAUCAUUCAUAUGUAUAAUAUUACACCGUAUCAAGUAACUUAAUAUUUUGUUUUACUUGAAAAUACACAGUUUAUCAGCUGUUAAAAUUUCAAGUAAGCUAAAAUGCUCAUAUUUUUUUAAACUACUGUAGACUUUUCGUGUAGCAGAGGUGUUUUAUGUAAAGUUAAUUAACAAAGAUUUUUUUACUCGUAGUAAAAGAAUCUUUAGCUUCCUGUCGUGUAUUUUUUUGAACAAAAACUAACAUUAUAAAAUGAUUUUCGGCCUUAUUACACACCAAAAUAUACAUAUUCUGUAUUAUACAUGAAAACGUCAUCAUUUAAUGGCUAUUUUAUAAAGGUUAGUAGAAUGUGCGCUCUAUAUAUUACUACCUAAAUUAUUAAUAGAUUUGUGAGCUAAAGCUCAGAUUUUGUAUAGAAAUUGGAUGUUAAUAUGAAGGCGUGCAUUAUCGUUUCGUAAAGACACUAUUUCCUUUUCCUCAUUCAGAAACUAAUCUUGUUUUGUUCAUGACACACUGCUAUAUACAUUGUAGCCACUAGAUGGUAACAAGUUCCAUCUUUUAUAAUGACAAUUCGCAUUCAUUUGUAAGAACACUAUGACAUAUAAGAACAUCAUUCUUUUUCUUGUCUAAAUGAUGAUCUUUCUUCAUCAAACUACAACUUCUUAUCAACGUGCGUUGUGUGUGUGGUGUGCACGCGCGCGCAUCUUAAUAAAUUAAAUAUUAUAACAGAUUAUAAUAUUUAAUUACAAUCUAUUACAAUAUGGAUUGUAUUUUAUUUAUGUUAUUAAAUGUGAAAUAUAAUCUCCUGUGCUUUUCUGGCUACUA